AUUUUUCGUCUGCUUGCUUCAGUGAGCAUAGGCCGGAAGCCCAAAACAGAUGACGUUCGGUCUUGGUACGCAAGGCAUGAUGACCCAUUUCAAAAUAAUAACAACAUCUUUUCUUCGUCGUCCAGCCCUGUUUUUCAAGAGGUUUAAUUCUAGCGCAAUAAGUGAAUCUAAUAAUGCUUUGGUGUUAAAAAAUAAGAUUGGAGCGGUCGCCACGAUUGGUAUUAAUCGGCCAACCAAACGUAAUUGUGUCAAUUAUGCCACCGCUGAACAAUUAGUCCAAGCUUUCGAAGAGUUUGAUCAAGAUGAAUCAGUCUGUGCUAUUGUACUUCAUGGGAUAGGAGGAAACUUUUGUGCAGGGUAUGAUUUGCAGGAAUUAAGCACAGGCAAUGCUAGCAUUCUUCCAGAAAAAAGAGGCCCCAUGGGUCCUUCUCAAAUGUUGACGAAAAAGCCUCUAAUUGCAGCUGUUAGUGGAUAUGCUGUUGCUGGAGGAUUCGAACUGGCUUUAUUGUGUGACAUGAGGGUAGUGGAGGACACAGCCGUGAUGGGUGUAUUCUGUAGAAGAUUUGGAGUCCCCUUAAUUGAUGGUGGAACAGUAAGGUUACCAGCAUUAAUUGGAUUGUCUAGAGCAAUGGAUCUCAUUUUGACAGGAAGGCCAAUUAAAGCUAAAGAGGCACUUGAGUGGGGAUUGGCCAACCGAGUUGUUUCUUGCGGAACGGCCCUUGGUCAGGCCGUCAAUUUAGCAGAUUCAUUAAAAAAUUUCCCCCAAAAAUGUAUGCAAGCAGAUCGUCGGUCAGCUUAUUAUGCCACUUACUCAGCCAAGUCUUUAGAAGACGCACUACAAUACGAAUUUGAUAACGGGGUUCCCGUUCUAGAAAUGGAAUCCAUCCAUGGAGCCCGAAAGUUUGUUGACGGUGUUGGGCACCACGGAAAGUUUCAGCUGAACGGAUCGUCAGAAUCGAAAAAAUAAAACAGCUGACUAUCAAAAAUCACGCAGAAAAACAAUUUUACUUUUAUUAUUGAUACUUAUAUUACACGAAAGCAAAAAAAAGCGAAA